UCCAUCAUUUGAUACACAACUCUACCAUUUCGCUGCCAAAACACGACUGCGAAUCCGCUGGGCACCGCCUACCGUUUUCUCUCGAUUGAUACGUGGACCCUCUUCCACGUCACCGCGCUGGGAAACCUCCGAUUUCCUCAACCUCGCCUCCCCAAUUCUCCCUAUAUUUGUCAGUCAUCAUCUUCACUCGACGCCGUUUGCAUGCUCUGGAGGUCGUCGAGCUCGAGAGAUGACGAGCCAACGACGACUGCGCAGCAUGAGCAGACUCAUAGGAGCCAUUUGAACGCCGCAGCGUCACAGUCCUCACUGGCUGCCGACGCGCCCUCCCAGUCAUCACCCACGAGGGAAGUCAUCAAGAGGCCUCCCUUCUUGGGCCUUGGCGCAACCCUCUUCUUCGUCGCCUUUACUGGCGCUGCUCUUUACGGCUUUAGAGCUGCAAAGAAGGCGGAUCUAAACGAGGCUCGCGAGGCGCUUGCGGCAGCAUCAACUGCGCACGCAGGCACCGCAGGUCGAGGCGUGGGCGCAAACCAUGCUCGCCUUCAAUCACCCUCUGCCCUCAGUAGUAGCGGCAAGAAUGCACCUCGCGCUACCACGUCGCCUUCUCGCGGUCUCGAUUGGGGCUCAGCGGGCACUUCAGCGCCAUCGGUACUCUCCAAGUCAGGCUCGGCCGCAGCAUCGCUCCCGGCACGCUAUGCUGUACCACUACCCAGAAUGAAAGAUGGCAAGCCCAUCUUCGAUGAGCCACCAGCUGUGACGGCCAUCAAGGCCUUUGGCGCCGCCACGGCCAUCGUCGCUGUUACCAGUGUAGUCGUCGUCGAGGUUGGACGUCGCGUGCUGGGCAUCGAGGACGUGUACGACCUCACGGACCGCCUUCACGGCUUCAUUCCCAAGACCUUUGCCUUGCCCGAAGCUGUUGGCAAUUAUCUGCGUCCACGUCUCGCUGGCCUUUUCCCUCAGACCGAGGAGGAUAGAAAGGACCCACUUGCAUCAAUCGACCAAUACGAAGCCGCCCCAGCCGAUGAAGCAGCGCCGAGCAAGCCGUCGUCAUCAUCAUGGUUCACAGGCCUCUUCUCACAAGAACAGCGACACCACGACGCACAACAUCAGCCGCAAGCUCGCGACCCGGAAGAUGUCUUCAACGACAUCGAGCAAGCCACUACGAUGAAGGAAAAGCUCAAGCUCCUCGAUGCUCAGCUACGAGGAGAGAGGGCAAUCGAGGACGCGCAGAGAGAGGCAAUGCGUUCGAAGAGAGAAGCGAGCAAAGGCAGGUAGACGAGAUCAACGCCUCUUUCCAUUGCCGCUGACCCGACUGAGGCGCGAAAUUGCAAGUCACUCAACAACUCCGAUGUACGGGCUUUUUGAUUUUUUCAAUGUAUGGAUGAGGACUGGAU